AAAAAGAACGAUAAAAUAUUUUAAAACCACUUUCCACAAUAUUUGUGUAUAACCAUUUUUACUCUCAGAUUUCGCUCUUUCUUCUUCUUCUGCAAUACGCUCCAUUCUCCAACGUUUGCUUUCAGAUUUCGCUCCUUCUUCAUCCUCCCACCGUUUGCUCUCAGAUUUCGCUCCUUCUUCAUCCUCCCACCGUUUGCUCUCAGAUUUCGCUCCUCAAUUUCUCCCAAAUCCUCUCCUCGCGCCGUCUCUUUCGUCCAAGUAAGGCAUUGCUAAGCUCUAGCAUUCUACAAAAUGCUUGAUAAAAAGGACGACUCUACUCUUUCAGAUGUUUGUGAUGGUUCUUUGGGUCGCCGAAGGAAGCGACAAAAGUUACAUACAAGGAGUAGUGAGGACAAGAUCAAAGGUGAAGGUACCAGCAUUGCAGCCAAUUCUACAAGUGAGAACGACAUUGUAAGGAAAGAAAUGGGGUUGGGUUGGAUGCUUAAAAGUAAGAUGCCUGCAGUUUUAGAAACAAAUGAGAUAGUGUCGGAAGAAGUUCAAGUUGAGGAGUCAAAGAAGACAAAUCCUAGGGAAUUGAAUCCUUAUCUAAAGGAUGGUGGAAGUGGUUACCCAGAAGAAAGUGAUGGAGUUGACGUUGCUGCAUGCAAACUUCUAUCGCCUUCCCUUGUUGGAGAUGGAGGAGUAAGCUGGAGACUCAAAGCAUUAAAGCGUGGACAAGAGCAAGCAACUCGAGAAGGACGGAGGUUUCAAGAGGUUGUGGGAGAAAGGUGGGGCUCUCUUGGUGAGUUGACUGCAUCUGUUGCAUCAAAAGCAGCUGCCCCCGCUUGGGCUCAUCUAUGUGAUAUAAAAAGUAGACAAAGAAGGGUAACCGAAGAAAAUUCACUAGAGUAUGAAAAACCGAUCCAAAGAGAUUCUAAAAGGGAUUACAUAAAGAACGCUUCUUUUCAUCAACAGAAUAAGAUGGUUGCAAAUCAAUUCAUGACCCAAAAAGAACGCUGCCUCUUUUGUCUAGAGAAUCCAAAUCGGCCUAAGCAUCUUGUUGUGUCCAUUGCAAACUUCACCUAUCUUAUGCUGCCAUGGUUGCAGCCUUUGGUGCCUGGUCAUUGUUGUAUUCUACCUAUUCACCAUCAAUCAGCUACAAGAACUGUGGAUGAAGAGACGUGGGUAGAAAUUCGAAACUUAAAAAAAUGUCUUAUUAUGAUGUUUGCAAACCAAGAUAAGGAAGUAGUGUUUCUUGAAACUGUAAUCGGAUUGACACAACAACGGCGCCAUUGUAUGAUUGAGUGUGUUCCUUUACCCAAGGAUAUUGCUAAAGAGGCACCUUUAUACUUUAAGAAGGCAAUUGAUGAAGCAGAAGAUGAAUGGAAUCAGCACAAUGCGAAAAAGCUCAUUGACACCAGUCAAAAGGGCUUGCGGAACUCAAUCCCGGAGCAUUUUCCUUAUUUUCAUGUAGAAUUUGGUAUAAACAGAGGUUUUGUCCAUGUUAUUGACAAUGAAAAGAACUUCAAUAGUAGUUUCGGGUUAAACAUCCUUAGAGGGAUGCUGGAAGUGUCGGAGGAAGAUAUGUACCGACCUCCAAAGUAUGAGACAAUGGAGAUACAAAAGCAAGCUCUUGCCACCUUUUCUAAACAGUGGCAAAAGUUUGACUGGACACAUGAAUUGCAUUGACAUUUAUUCAAUUA